AUGACAUCGCCGCCCGCAUCGCGCGACGAGCACCCCAGGCGGCCCUCACCGCCUGCCAGCCAGACGUCGAGCGCAUUGGCCGAAGAGCAGGCGCUCCUCGACGACGACGACGAUGUCUCCGUUGCUUCGAUUGCGCAUCGUGCGCGCAGGCGAUCCUCUGUGAGCAACCGCCUCGCCUCCGUGGCAGACAUUGGCGGCGUCAACAGCUUCCGCUCCUUUGCUCGCAGCUGGCACCGCGCCGCCAGCUUUGCUGAAGUCAUUCCCCGCCGCCCGAGCCUGGUCCUCAACCCCGACCAGCGCCCUUUCAACGACCUCGGCGGCGACGGCGCCCAACCCUUCCCCUACUUCUCGCCCGGUCCGGCCCCGGCACCGCACACCAGCCUCCUCGGCCAGCAUCUCGAGCGGUCUCCCUGGUCUGCAAGCUGGACGUCUAGUGAGUCAAGUACAGGCGUCGACCCCAGAGUCGCGGCGGGCGCGAGGGAUGACUUGAGAGAGGGGGGCGGCAAGGCGCUGCUGGAUACAGAAAUGGCCGCCGGUGCCUUGCCGCCUGCUUCGCCGCCGGGUCGCUCCACCAUCUUCGCUGCCCCUCCGCAUCUCGCGACCCCCUCCGUCAUUGGGAGCUACGGGUCCUUUCGGAGUCAGCACUACGGCACGAUCCGAUCGCGGCCCUCCUUCAGCCACGCAAGCGGCUGGAGGGCUCGUCGUGACGACGACGGCGACGUUGCGGCGGGGGUCCUGGACGACGACGACGCCGCUCUGGGCGAGCACCAGCCUAUCCUCGUCAAGGAGGUCAAGCAGGGCGACAAGAUUGUCCUGGCGGUCGAGGGCCAGAGCACCCUGCCGCAGUCUAUCUUCAACUCCGUCAAUGCCCUCAUUGGAAUUGGCCUUCUGAGCUUGCCCCUGGCCCUCAAGAUGAGCGGCUGGCUCAUUGGCCUGCCGCUGCUGACCCUCAUGGCCCUGGUUGCGACCCAUACCGGCAAGCUCCUGGGCAAGUGCAUGGAAAUGGACCCGAGCCUCAUCACCUAUUCCGACUUGGCGUACGUUUCCUUUGGCGCGCGAGCCCGCGUCGUCGUCUCCGCCUUGUUCACCCUCGAGCUUAUCGGCGCCUGCGUUGCUCUCAUGAUCCUCUUUGCCGACUCGCUCGACCUGCUGCUGCCCGGCUUCGCCAGUGUCAACAUCUGGAAAUGCAUCUGCGCCGUCUUGGUGCUGAUCCUCAACACGCUGCCUCUUCGCUUGCUGAGCUAUACGAGCGUCGUUGGCAUCUUCUCCACGUGUGCCCUUGUAUGCAUCGUCGUCGCCGACGGCCUCGUCAAGCAUCGCACGCCCGGCUCCUUGUGGGAGCCUGCCGCCACGCACCUACUUCCCUCCAACUGGCUCGCCCUGCCGCUUGCGUACGGCCUGUUGGCGAGCCCGUGGGGAGCCCACUGCGUCUUUCCAUCGAUUUAUAGAGACAUGCGUCAUCCCAGCAAGUGGAAGACGGGCGUGAAUGUGUCCUUUUCCUUUUCUUACGCCCUCGACACUUGCCUGGCCAUUGUCGGCAUCCUCAUGUUCGGCGACGGCAUCAAGGAGAUGGUCACCUCUAACAUCCUCGACACCCCAGGCUUCCCCGAGGCCCCGACGAUCCUCAUGUGCGUCUUCAUCGCCAUCAUCCCGCUGACCAAGAUCCCCCUCAACUCGCGGCCCCUUGUCACCACCGCCGACGUCGUCUGCGGCCUCCACCCCGACCAGCCUGCCGCAGGGCGCCGAUCGGCCAUCGUCAGCAGCUGUUUGAAGGCCCUGGUCCGCGUGCUCGUCUUCGCCGUCCUGCUGCUCAUAUCCAUAGUCUUCCCCGCCUUUGAUUCCGUCUGCGCCUUUCUCGGCGCCGCCCUUUGCUCCAUCAUCUCCAUCAUCCUCCCCAUCUCCUUUUACCUCAAGCUGUACUGGAGACACAUUUCUCUGGGUGAGCGUGUCGUCUCCUGGCUCCUGCUGGGGCUGUUUUCGACAUUGGGCUUGGUGGGCACUAUAUGGUCCUUUUUGCCCAAGCAUCUCCUCGGUUCCCAUUAG